AUGGACGCCUACUCCGGCUACAAUCAGAUACCGAUGCACCGUCCCGACGAGGACAAAACAGCGUUUAUAACGCCGGGGGGAACCUUCUGUUAUAAGGUGAUGCCAUUCAGCCUAAAAAACGCAGGGGCAACAUACCAAAGGCUGAUGAACAAGAUAUUCCACGACCUCAUAGGCAAGACAGUGGAAGUCUAUGUAGACGACAUCCUCGCGAAAACAACGCGACCCGACGACCUCCUGAAUGACCUGGCAAAUGUAUUCGUGUCUCUCCGACAACACGGCAUGAGGCUCAAUCCCCUCAAAUGUGCCUUCGCCAUGGAAGCUGGAAAGUUCCUAGGAUUCAUGAUAACCCAAAGAGGGGUAGAAGCUAACCCGGAGAAAUGCCAAGCGAUACUCCAGAUGAAGAGCCCGGGUUGUAUCAAGGACGUCCAGAGAUUGGCAGGACGACUGACCUCGUUAUCCUGUUUUCUCGGAGUUUCGGCAACAAAGGCCCUGCCCUUCUUUAACCUCAUGAAGAAAGGGAUAGCAUUCGAAUGGACGCCCGCAUGCAAGGAAACCUUUAGACACUUCAAGGAAAUCCUGGCGGCACCCCCUGUGCUCGGAAAGCCAAAGGCCAGGGAGUCAUUAUAUCUAUACCUCGCCAUAACAGAAGAAGCCCUGGCCGCGGUUCUAGUACGAAAAGAUGGGAGGGCUCAACAACCAGUCUAUUUUGUGAGCAGAGCCCUGCAAGGGGCAGAACUAAGGUACAGCAAACUGGAAAAGAUAGCUCUGGCACUCUUGACCUCUUCACGAAGGUUAAAACAAUACUUCCAAGGUUACCAGGUUGUCGUAAGAACGGACCAAGGAAUCCGACAAGUACUUCAAAAACCCGAUUUGGCGGGAAGGAUGAUGACUUGGUCCAUUGAACUUUCCCAAUAUGACAUACGAUACGAACUCCGGCAAGCAAUCAAGGCACAAGCGAUGGCAGAUUUUCUAGUAGAGGUAACGGGAGAUCCAACCGAAGAAACGAGCGCACGGUGGAAGCUCCACGUGGACGGAGCCUCCAACCAGACGUCCGGGGGCGCCGGGAUCAUUCUGGAAAGCUCAGCUGGGGUCGUAUACGAGCAGUCGAUCAGGUUUGAAUUUCCCGUCUCGAACAACCAAGCAGAAUACGAAGCCCUCAUAGGGGGCUUAGCCCUAGCAAUGGAAGUCGGAGCAACGAGGUUGGAAAUAUGCAGCGAUUCACAAGUCGUCACCUCCCAAGUAAACGGGAGCUACCAAGCCAGAGACUCAUUAUUACAUAAGUACUUGGAAAAAGUCAAGGAUUUGAGCCAAAAGUUUGAAGAGGUCAUGAUCCACCACGUGCCCAGAGAAAGGAACACACGGGCAGAUCUCCUAUCAAAACUGGCCAGCACCAAACUGGGAGAAGGUAACCGAUCUCUCAUCCAAGGUAUGAUGAGGGAGCCGACGGUCACUCUGCACCUAUCAAGGCUAGGCCUCUCAUGGCUGGACCCCAUCACCAGCUUCUUAGAAAACGGCAAACUUCUCGACGACAAAAAGGAUGCCACGAAACUGAGAAGGGAAGCGGCCAAGUACGUGAUCUUCCAGGGACAGCUAUUCAAGAAAGGACUCAACCAGCCCCUACUGAAAUGCCUGCACCCCGACCAGACGAACUACAUCCUCAGGGAAGUCCAUGAAGGUUGCUACGGACAUCACAUAGGGGGCAAAGCCUUAGCAAGAAAGUUAAUCCGAGCUGGGUACUAUUGGCCAUCAAUGAUGGCAGACUCUAAAGAAUUCGUCAGAAAAUGCGCCAAGUGUCAAGAGAACACCAAUUUCCACAGGGCACCGGCCUCCGAGCUAAGCCUGUUAACGUCUUUCCGACCAUUCUCACAAUGGGGAGUCGAUCUCUUGGGGCCCUUCCCAGUUGGUCCUGGACAAGUCAAGUACCUCAUAGUCGCCAUUGACUACUACACCAAAUGGAUAGAGGCCGAGCCGUUGGCCAGCAUAUCCUCAUCCAAUUGCAGAAAAUUCAUGUGGAGACAGGUGAUAACGCGGUUCGGGAUCCCAGAGACCGUUAUCUCGGACAACGGCACACAGUUUACCGACAAGAAGUUCACGGAGUUCCUCACCGGCCUGGGUAUAAGACAGAAGUUCUCCUCAGUAGAGCACCCCCAAACAAACGGACAGGUGGAGUCCACGAACAAGAUUAUCCUGUUAGGGCUUAAGAAGCGACUGGAUAAUAAAAAAGGUGCUUGGGCCGACGAGCUUGCCUCGGUCUUCUGGUCUUACCGAACAACCGAACAGUCCUCCACCAAGGAGACCCCUUUCCGACUGACAUACGGGUUAGAUACGGUAAUACCCGUGGAAAUCGGGGAACCGAGCCCGUGA